CCAAAUCGGAAAGAUAGGUAGGAGCAAGCCCAUGUAAUGCUUUGUAGGUUAGCAGUAAAACCUUGAAAUCAGCCCUUGCCUUAACAGGAAGCCAGUGUAGAGAGGCUAGCACUGGAGUAAUAUGAUAAAUGUUGUGGGUUCUAGCCAAGAUUCUAGCAGCCGUGUUUAGCACUAACUGAAGUUUAGACUUUGAGCAGAUUGCCUUCUACAACUAUACUUGAAAGGGCACGCACCUCAAACUGUGACAGCAGCGCGCUAAAUGAAACAAUUUUGACAGUCAUUGGCAGCAGAGAACUGGAAGGAGAGAUGGCCAAAGGAGGAAUUGGCUUUGGGGGUGACCAGAGAGAUAUACCUGCUGGAGCACGUGCUACAGUGACAUCGAUCUGUGUCUGACUGUGUCCAUGAUGCGCUGCCUCGUUCAGAAGAAAACAUACCUCGUCAUUUUAUCUCCACUGCUACUGUUCGCCCUCCUCCUCUACUGGACUCGAAGGGCCCCCACCACUGUUGACGUGGGACAAGGUCAGAGCUACAAGGCACAGAAGGUUCUGAAGGAGAGGCUGCAAAAUGUCCAGAAUAGUUAUGACAAUAUCCCAUAUGUCCUGAAGGAAAGUGUGGCAGGGCGUCUGGCACUGAACGGGUGUGUGUGUGAGGCAGAUAAGAAGCCUGCCAUCGACCUGCCUUUUGCCCAAGUGCUGUUCCCCCGUGUCUGGGCCCAGGAUGACUUCCACACAGCCUUCCAGGAGGCAGAGCUGGCUCAGGUGAAAAGUCGCAGGCAGCAGGAGUACAACAGCUUCCAGCAGAGGUACCAGACUCCCGCAGACCUCCUUGUUAUAGCAGAAGCCAACAGUCCCCUGCAGUACCCUACCCAGGGGGUGGAGGUUCGCCCUCUCAAGACUAUCGUUAUCCCUGGGUUGGGUCUGAAAGAAAAGCAUAGACAACUUCAUACAGUGAAUCUGACUGCUACCCUGGGGACAUUUGAUGUGUUAGCCACCGUAGACGGGGUCUCCAUUAGAGGACAGGGAAUGAUGCACAUGACUUUGUCCAGUAGACUCCUCUCCACUCUGAACAGACAGCUACAGUUUGUCACCUACACCAACACCUUGUUCCACCCUAGGACGGCUGACACAGUGCAGUUUGAGACUGAUGGACACCAGUCAGUUUUUACCAUGAAGGUUGGACAUGCUGUUAUUCCCAAGCUCUAUCACUCAGUUUACACUGGAGAAUACAGCAUAAGCUCACUUGUCACCAUAGCUACCAAGACAUUUCUGCGUUAUGACAAACUGCAGGAUCUGAUUGACAGCAUACGUGAGUUCUACCCCACUGUCGCCAUAGUAAUAGCAGAUGACAACGAGCACCCCCAGCCAGUGAAGGGUCCACACAUUGAACAUUACAUUAUGCCAUUUGGGAAGGGUUGGUUUGCAGGGAGGAAUCUGGCUGUCUCUCAGGUGACCACCAAGUAUGUGCUGUGGGUGGACGAUGACUUCCUCUUCACCUCCAACACCAGGCUGGAGAAUAUGGUGGAGAUCCUGGAGAAGACCACCCUGGACAUGGUGGGUGGUGCUGUGAGAGAAACUACAGGCUACACUGCUACUUACCGCCACACCAUCUCAGUGGAGGAAGGGGGUGAGGAGGGGGACUGUAUACACAUCAGAAAUGGAUACCAUCAUGUCAUUGAUGGCUUUCCUAACUGUGUCCUAGCCGACGCUGUUAUCAACUUCUUCAUGGGGAGGACAGACAAGAUGCAGCAAGUGGGAUUCGAUCCUCGUCUGAACCGUGUGGCUCAUCUAGAGUUCUUCAUCGACGGGCUCGGGAUCCUCCACAUAGCUUCCUGUGAUGACAUCAUCAUAAACCAUGCAUCUAAGAUCAAGUUGCCAUGGGGCAAGUCAGACAGUGAGAAGGCCUACGCCAAGUUCCGCUACUCCUCAUCGGAUGCUGUCCAAAUCAAAAAUGCCCUUUUUUACUUCAAGAACAGACUCAAAUGCAUGUCUAGUAACUGAAACAGGCUCUUCAAGCUAUCACUUGAGGUUUUAAAACUGAGGUUUUUAUUUUUGUUACACUGAGCAGCCAUUUUUUGUCAUCACCAACAGUGGUGUCAUGCCCAUAGGGGGCAUAGGGGCACAUUCCCCCCCUCAGAUUGUAUUUUUUGUAUGUCAUUUUUGUUGUUGUUG